AUCUUCUUGUUAGCCUACUUCCUGGAGUAAGGUCGAGUCAGUAGAGUAGAGCUGUAAUAAGCUGCCGGUGAUAGAGUAAAUCAGGCAGAGAUAUCAAGCGGCGAAUUUGCUUAGUAUACAAAAAGAAUAAGGUGACGAAAGGGGCUAUAUUGGCUUUGUCUACAGCAAACAACAUGGACUAUUUGACGGCCCUGGGGGUGUACGGGGAGAUGCUGAAGAUUUACCUGGAGCACGUUCGGCAGCUGGUGAACUCCAGCUGCCAGGACCUGGAGGCCUGGCAGAUCAUCGCGGGCUCGGUCGCGUCCACCGUCCUGGCCGUCUGGUUCAAAGAGCUGCUCUUUCAGAGGGAGAGUCUGACGUCCAGGAUAAAGAAGCAGUGCUUUCGGUUGAUAAGAAGAAUCCCGUUCGUCGGGGCUACAAUCCAGGCUCAGUUGAACAAGGCCCUGGACGACAUGUCGGUGAGCCUGUGCACGCUGAAGGAGGGCAUGUCCUACAUCAAAUCCCUGCCCGCUCACGGCCUGACGCAGACGCAGGUCCUGGGCGCCAUCAAGCAGUACGACAGCCUGGGUGAGGUCCAGUGGGAAAAGGGCAAGGUGUCGGGGGCCGUCUACAGUGGGGACUCCAAGCUGACGAAUCUCCUGGUGAAGGUGUAUGGCGACUUUGCCUGGAGCAACCCGCUGCACCCCGAUGUUUUUCCGGGCGUGCGGAAAAUGGAGGCGGAGGUGGUGCGGAUGAGCUGCACGCUCUUUCACGGGGGACCCCGGUCCUGCGGAACGGUCACAUCGGGGGGGACAGAGAGCAUCCUGAUGGCCUGCAAAGCGUACAGAGACAUGGCGUAUGAGAGGGGCGUCAAACACCCAGAGAUCCUGGCGCCCGUGAGCGUACACGCCGCGUUCGACAAGGCGGCGCACUACUUCGGCAUGAAGCUCGUCCACAUACCCCUGGUGAAGGACACCAUGAAGGUCGACGUCAAGGCCAUGAGGAGGGCGAUCUCCAGGAACACGGCCAUGUUGGUGUGCUCCGCCCCGCAGUUCCCUCACGGAGUCAUCGAUCCCAUACAGGAAGUGGCUCAGUUGGCUGUGAGGUACAACAUUCCCAUGCACGUGGACGCCUGUUUGGGGGGGUUCCUCAUCGUCUUCAUGGACAAGGCCGGCUUCCCGCUCGCCCCCUUUGACUUCCGGGUCGAGGGCGUGACCAGCAUCUCCGCAGACACGCACAAGUAUGGCUUUGCCCCGAAGGGCUCCUCGGUGAUCCUGUACUCGGACCAGAAGUACCGGCACUACCAGUACUUUGUGGCGCCGGACUGGCAGGGGGGCAUCUACGCCUCCCCCUCGGUAGCGGGGUCCCGCCCCGGGGGCAUCAUCGCCGCCUGCUGGGCCACCAUGAUGCACAUCGGCGAGAACGGCUACGUGGAGUCCACCCGGAAGAUCAUCCAGACCGCACGCUUCAUCGAGGCAGGGUGCCGUAAAGUGGACGGGCUGUUAGUGUUUGGGCAGCCUGAGGUCUCCGUGGUGGCCCUGGGGUCCAGCGUCUUCGACAUCUUCAGGUUGUCCAACGCGCUCACCACCAAAGGCUGGAACCUGAACUCGUUACAGUUCCCUUCCAGCAUCCACAUCUGCGUGACCCUGCUGCACACGCAGCCGGGCGUGGCCGAGCAGUUCGUCAGCGACGUCACGGACCUGGUGGCCGUCAUCAUGAAGAACCCAAAGGAGAAAACCACUGGCAUGGGCGCCAUCUACGGCAUGGCCCAGUCCAUCCCCGACCGCUCCAUGGUGACGGAGAUCUCGCGGGGGUUCCUGGACUGCCUGUACAACACCGACGCCCCUGUCCCGGAGAAGAACCACAUGAAUGGGACGUCCAAGCACCACUGAGCGUGCGACAGGCCCCCCCCCCCCUCCAGUACCUCCAGUGUUCAUUUCCCCUUCGUUGCCUUAUCUUGUCCCUUUUUUGAAAUUCUUGUUUUCUAAUUUCCUGUCGAAAAGCACAAAUCACUGUUCUUUGUUUGGUUAGAGGUGACUGUCCGUCUUCUCUGGUGAGACGGACGUAAGGAUUGUAAACGACCUAACGAGGGUGGAACCAUCCUUCCUCAAACGUGGGGGGGGAGGGAGGGUUUUGGUUCAGUUUAUUUCAUGCACUCGGGGUUUUAACUUUGGGAGAAAAAUUGGGAUUGGCUGAACUUGGCUCAAGGCCCUCCUCUUUCCGUGGUUUACAUGCAGCUCCGGAUGCGAUUGGCUCCCAUAAGCAUUGACUGUUGUCCUCAGCCAGCCUACCCAGAAAGUGUUAGGCGUUUGAGAUUAAAGGUACUACCCUGUGACUUGCAAAUCACAGUCCUAUUGGGUGAUGAUAAUAAUGAAUUAGAAUGCUCUGGGAAAUGACCACUAGCUUUUUCAGUACAGAGCCAAAAUCCUGCUCUUGAGAUCCACGCGCUGCUCAAUGGAGAUCUCAGUGCUGACCAGUCGGAGUGUUCCGCGUUCAGCGUCAGUCCAUAUUGCCGUUUCCAUUUCACUUCAGUAUAAACCCGAAGCCCAGAUCAGUCCCAGCAGCCUAGCCUGUUCUAACCGGUCACAUUAGUAACACAAGGGAAAUGAUGAGACGUCUGGUUCUGAAGCCAUUUUGUCUGCCGCGUGCUAAUGUUGAACGAGUGCAGGCGAAAGGCCUCGGAGUCACCUGACCACAAGAGCAAACUAACCAAAACUUCCACGCUCCACUGCAGAGUUAACGCACUUUAAACUGGGAGCUGAGCAACUGCAAAUGGUUUCUUCCACAGGAUCUGAGU